AUGUUCUCAUGCUAUCAGUGGGAAUGCAAGUCUUCUUUGCAUCAUAAAAGAGCGAAGGGCCCUGGAUCGGCUCACUCAUUCUUUUCCUCAUCGCCCUCAUCGCCUUCAUUGCCUGCCCUCCCCGUUAUUAAAGCUCAUACGAUGGCACCUUCCAUCUGGAAAAACUACACAGGGAACUACUACUUCGUGUACAACUGCACCACCUAUGUGGGACGCUAUGGUGGAUAUGUUGAGAGUCAAACAGCUGGGCCACGCGUUAAAUUGGUUUUCGCUGAUAAUACCAUCGCCUGGUUACCAACGACAAGUGUGACACGGACUGACGCGGCGGUGAGCGCCACUGGUCCAAACUAACCUGGAUCACCCCUGAUUUCCCCGGUCUCAUCCUUGCUCGUGACAUCCGCGUACUACUAUCCGUGUAAAUUUCUUCAAUUGUUCGUGACAUAUGUUUUGUAUCUGUAUGCUCGGUGUCUGGAAUUUGAAGGUAGAUUAUGUGAGAAAACUUUAUUCUUGUCUUAUCAUGCCAUGGAGUUCCUCAGGCGACUCCUCGUGUGAGACAAGAAAAGGAACAGGAAGUG